CUUUCCUCGUCGCCACUGGGAUCCGAUCCCGCCAGAGCUGCUCUCAGCGCCGGCGGCCGGGUCGCGGAAGAGCGCCGCUGGAAGCGAAGGCGGCUGGGCUGGAACAAUGUUAAGCUUCUUUCGCCGGACACUCGGGCGCAAGUCUAUGCAUAAGCAUGCUGAGAAAGAGCGGCUAAGGGAAGCUCAGCGAGCUGCAACUCACAUCCCUGCAGCUGGAGAUGAGAAAUCUAUAAUUACAUGCAGGGUCUCUUUGCUGGAUGGAACUGAUGUCAGUGUGGAUUUACCGAAAAAAGCCAAAGGACAACACCUGUUUGAGCAGAUAAUGUACCAUCUGGACCUUAUUGAAAGUGAUUACUUUGGUCUACGAUUCAUGGAUUCAGCGCAAGUGGCCCAUUGGUUGGACAACACAAAGAGUAUUAAAAAACAAGUUAAAAUUGGUCCACCGUACUGUCUUCAUCUUCGUGUAAAAUUUUAUUCUUCUGAGCCAAACAACCUACGUGAAGAGCUCACAAGAUAUUUAUUUGUUCUUCAGCUAAAGCAGGACAUUCUGAGUGGCAAAUUGGAAUGUCCCUUUGAAACAGCGGUGCAAUUAGCAGCUUACAUGUUACAGGCUGAACUUGGGGACUAUGAUCCUAUUGAGCACAUCCCUGAGAUAGUGUCCGAAUUCAGAUUUGUGCCCAACCAAACUGAGGAAAUGGAACUGGCCAUUUUUGAGAAGUGGAAGGAAUACAGGGGGCAAACACCGGCUCAGGCAGAAACAAACUAUUUGAACAAAGCAAAAUGGCUUGAAAUGUAUGGAGUAGACAUGCAUAUAGUAAAGGCAAGAGAUGGCAAUGAUUAUAGCCUUGGACUAACACCAACAGGAGUCCUUGUAUUUGAAGGAGAUACCAAGAUUGGAUUGUUCUUUUGGCCAAAGAUUACUAGGUUGGACUUCAAAAAGAAUAAAUUAACACUGGUGGUGGUUGAAGAUGAUGAACAGGGUAAAGAGCAGGAGCACACUUUUGUCUUCAGGUUGGACCAUCCAAAGGCCUGCAAACAUUUGUGGAAGUGUGCCGUAGAGCACCAUGCUUUCUUCCGCCUCCGUGGACCUGUUCAAAAAGGCUCCAGUCGAUCAAGCUUCAUUCGUCUGGGGUCCCGAUUCAGAUACAGCGGGAAAACAGAGUACCAGACUACAAAGACUAAUAAAGCCAGAAGAUCAGCCUCUUUUGAGAGAAGACCUAGUAAACGAUACUCAAGGAGAACACUACAAAUGAGAGGUAAUCCUAGUGUAUCUGAAGGAAUUAGCCUUCCAGAUAAUGUUUUCAGUCAAAAUAAUGGACCACAGCAAAACUGGAGUACAAUACCUUCUGUAGCAGCAGUUCCUUCUGGUCCAGUCUUAGUUGAAAUAGAGAAUCUUCCCCGGAAUUCUGGAACAAGCCAACAGGAUAAAAAAUGCCUGUGCAACAUGCCUCUGACUGUUGAUUUACUGGAUAACAAAGAAAUGUUGGACGCUUGUACUGACAGUGCUGCUGGUUUUCCUCCUGUUGGGGGAUUAGUUGAAAUGUUGGAAGGGGGAGAUGGUACAAAGGAGCACCCCUCUGAGAAAACAAAUCUUGCUGUUGAUGAACCAUCACUUAAACUGAAGCACCUGGAAGCUGAGCUCACUCCAGUAUUGAUUUCCCAGUCCAACAUAAACAUAAAUGUCAAUGAGCAGGAGGAAGUUAUGAAGUUGACAGAUAAAUGCCUGAAUAACGCAAUUGAGAGCCCUGUGAGCACCUCCAUGCGGUUGCCUCCAGACAUUAAGAGCAAUAUUCUGAAGGCCCAGGUAGAGGCAGGGCACAAAGUUGUGAGGGAGGGAAGCAUAUCUGGCAGCAAGAACACUAAUAUUCAAGAUGUGGCUGGAAGAAGCAUUCUUCCGUCAGGAAAAGAGAAGAACAGCCCCCUGCGAACCCUCAGCCCCGUGUGCCAGGAACCACGAGAGGGACUGAAAGUGAUCCCAGUCACCAGUGCCUUCAUUCUGAAUGAAUUCAAGGAGAAUAUUACUGCCCCUGACUCCAAGGAUUGUGCGAAUCCUACCGAUUUGGCUCCUAGAGUGGAGGAUGUUCUUGUAAAGAGUUCCCCAGAGCGCAUGGAGAUUUCGUUAACAUCACAGGCAAAGAAUUUAAUUGACUUCACGGAAGCCACGCCUCAGGUGUCUUCACCAACAAUUAUGCCCAGGUGGUUAGUGCCAAGCGGACUGACUUCUAAUGGGCCUUUGGGGAAUGAUGUUGCCUUAUCUCUUAAGACAACUAAAGCAAACACUGAAGCUCUAUCAGUCUUGGCUACUGGCUCAUCACCUCCAUUGUACCCCUCUGAAGUCAUGCCCGGUCCUGUUACUGAAGAUACUACACGGCAGAAAUGUUUACUCACCACUGAACUCUGAACUUCAACAAAUCUCUUUAGAUAUCUUUAGUGAGCCCCUGCAAAGGACUUACCUGAAAAUAAGCCAUGUUCAUACCAUGGUUAAAAAAGAAUGUUUGAUUGCUUUACAGUAAAUCCCUCAACUGGAACUAAGAGUAUGAUUAUAGGACACAGAGCUGCUGGGAAGCCUGAGGAUCCCUUGCAAAAUACAUGGGAACAAAUUCUGAGAUGUCAUGAAAUCCACAAGGUUUUCAUCCACUGUAAUGCUUUUGCUAGAGAAUUCCUUGCUGCUUUAUAGGUGCAAAUGAAACUACUCACAGAGAUGAGCUGGUUAAGUU